GCUCUGGCGGAUGCGGUUCGUCCGAAGAGGCGAAGGGUAGUGGUGAAGACCGGAGUCGGCCGAGGUGGAAGCUCGUCCGUGGCGGUCGGAGAUAUUGGCGUCUCUGUUGCUCAACCGCCGCCGGUGCAGCCUAUGGCGGCUCCAGCUGAUGUGGCCGGGAGGAGAGGCUCCAAGAGGGUGGCUGAGAAGACCGCUCUCGGUCAAGCUAGCCAAAGAGCGAAGGCAAGUUCUCCGCCUCGGAAGGCGGCUGGUCGGGGAAAGGGCGUGAAGCGCGGGGAGGAACAGAGUUCUAUAGAGGUGUCGACUCAGGCGGCCACGGAUGGGGAGGCGGCUGAGUUUGCUUUGCACACUAUUAGUGAUCAUCUCGUUAUGCCUUCCGAGUACACCCCUUCAGCUUUGGACAGUCACAGGAGACUUGCAGAGACCGCUUCGCGGUUCUUCUUUUCGGCUCAGAUUGGGUUCUCGCAGGUCAUUCUGUUGAAUGACCGCCUGUCCCGGACUGUGGAGGACAAUGCCGUUGAGAUAGCGAAACUGAAGAAAAGCGCCGAUGAAGGGUGGGAGACUAUGAUGGGUAAGUUGAGACCGCAGGUAAAGCGUGAGUUUGAGGAGCGACUGGCCAAGAAGGAGGAGGAGUUGCUGGCCGAGAAGGGGGCGGUCAAGGCUGUCGGUGAAGAGAGGGACCGCUUCCGCGAGAAGGCCCUAAAGUCUGCG